AUGUUAUCAUCAUUAAAAAAUUCUUCCCAUAGCGGUUCGCAAAUCGAUAAUCCCUCUCACUCAAAAAGCCAGCUUUCUGUUUUGCUUAACAAAUCCUUUUCGUCUGUUUAUGACACUCCAAAACUUGAACAAAAUCACUUAUUGCAAGGAAACCAAAGAGACACCCAUCAAACAACUCCACCUUAUCUUUCUAACAAGUUGAGCACUUCUCACUUGUUGCAGAUGCCAUAUUCUCCCACAUCACCUCCUAUUGUAACUUCUGAAGAUGCCAGCUCUCCACGACUUGGAGUUUCUCAAAAUUUUACAAAUUCUUCUCAUACAUAUCAAACAGCCUUUUCUAGUUCAAAUAACCAGAAAACUGCUUUAAACUCUUUUCUUUUAACUUCUUCAUUUGAACAACCAAAAUCGCCCAAUUCACAAGGUCUUUUGUUUCAGACAAAAAGACUUCCCGAGUUGCCAUCUUAUUCUCAUUACACAAGUCAGACAGCAAGUUCAGGCUCACCUAAAAUAAACUUAAAUACACAUUUCAAGCCCAAUACAACAAUAAAUUGGGAUUCUUCCAACAGAAAACCCACUGACAAUUCAGACUCUUUUUCACCAUCCCGAAAUUUUUCUGGAAAUGAUCAAUUAGAUCCAAUAAAAAAUUAUGAUGGUUAUGUCCAGACACAGAACUUCUAUCACAACAAUUCAGUUUCUACUUCAUUCAAUAAUGGUAGUAAUUCAUCUAAUGGUUAUUCUCAAGACAACUUGACUUCUGUCACUAGUAUUAAUAUGACUUCAAAUAGUUAUGUGAGUUCUCAACCAACCGGUAACUACUCACAGAAUCAAAACCACCGUCGUCAUUUACAUAACCAGUCUUAUCAACCUCAAUCACAGCAACAUUACUAUUCCUACUCCGAAAAUCAACAUAUUCCCCGUCAGACUAAUGAUAGUUUGGCAUUUCAUGCUUCAAAUUCUCAUGAUACUGCUUUGAAUCAUUCUCAAGCUCCUUUUAAUCAAAAUUAUCCUUUCGAUAGAUCAUCAUCGGUCUCCCGAAAUCUUGAUAUUGCUCAGUCAUCAAUGUCUUCUAACUAUUCGAGUUAUCCAAACUCUUCACUUGCAUCAGAAAACAAUUCAAACAUGAAUCAUAGUUCUGGUCCCUUAUCAAAUUCUUCCCAAAUUAAACAAUUAGAAUCACCACCUUCUACAUCAGAUUUAAUGUACAACACAGUGAUGGCAUCAGAAUUGGGACAAGAAUCAUACAUUCAUCAUCCUGUUAAUCACAAUCAGUCUUCUCAAUAUGAACCUAAUCCGAUAUCCGAAAACGAACAAAGCCAAUCAUAUCAAAGCUCUUGUUCUCAAAAUAUUCUUCCACCACCACCAUACAUAUCAAAUCAUCAUCAAUUUAUGGGCCAUUCUUCAAUUAUGAAUGUAGAACAAAGCAACACUUCUGGCCAUUCCCAUUCAAUGCAACUCAUUAAGGCAUACAAUGCUAAAGUACAAUUUAAAUAUCCUAAAAAACAUGUAUGUGACAAAUGUGGAAAGAGGUUCACUCGCCCUUCUUCAUUGAAGACUCACACUUUUUCUCAUACCGGAGAAAAGCCAUUCCAAUGUGAUUUUGAAGGAUGUGGAAGAUGCUUCAGUGUUGUUUCUAACUUGAGAAGACAUAAGAAAAUCCAUAGUUCUCAACCUCAGUUGGAACAAACGUCUCAUAUACAUCAUCCAGACCACCAUCCGUCGCACAGUUCUCAAACGAAUAGUAAUGAAUAUUUAGAUUCUAUUGAUAGAUAG